AGUACUUUCUUAAAACUCAAUUAUCUAAUUUUGUUUUUGUUGGGUUGCGGUGUUUCUCCGAGUUGCUUCAAUUGAAUGGCUCUUCAGCUUCCACCACUUCCUGGCCGUGCCAUGCGCUUCAACUCAAGCGUGUGCUCCCUUCCUGCACGAAAAUCUAGCACCUUUGCCACUCUGUCACAACCCCGAAGCGACUGGGUUGAAGCCACUAACAGUUUCUUCGACCAAGACAAACGACCCAUCAUGUUAUUUGACGGAGUAUGCAACUUGUGCAACGGGGGUGUGAAGUUCGUUCGUGAUAACGAUCGAAAUAAGACAAUUAGAUAUGAACCUCUUCAGAGUGAAACGGGUAAAAUCUUACUCAGGAGAUCAGGAAGAGCUCCUGAUGAUAUCUCAAGUGUUGUACUUGUUGAAAAGGAAAGAUCCUAUAUUAAGUCAGAAGCCGUGCUGAAGAUAAUGGAAUAUAUAGACUUACCCUUUCCACAGCUAGCAAUUCUUCUUCAAUUUGUGCCUCUGUUUAUCAGAGAUUUUGUUUAUGACAAUGUUGCAAACAAUCGUUACCUGAUUUUUGGUCGUUCGGAAUCAUGUGAAAUAUAGCAUCAUCCUGGCAUGAGUACUGGAGGUAACAGUAAUGUGCUAAGUUCAAAAACUGGGCUUCUUUAUAGUCCAAGUCAUAUCCUGUUCUCAAAUAUUUUGAAGAUUCUGUGUACUACUGUAUAGAAGCUUUACUUGUCGUUUUAUUUGAUAAGCUCAUAGAAGCAGAGGACAUCAUCAAUUCGUAAUAAUAUUUUCUGUCCCAAAUGAUUUUGCAAUUUCAUUUCUUUCAGUAAACACUCCUAAUUUCUUAACUUCAUCAGGGAAUUAUUAAAUAAGUUGUUUAUCUGUAUUUAA